AUGACUAAAUGUGAUAUCUGCAACAAAGUUAUAACCACCAAGAUACCUGGACUGGAAUGUAGAUCUUGUGGUAAGGUGGUUCAUGCUAGUAAAGCUUGCUGUGGUCUAAACGCGAAGCAACUUUCUGCGCUUCGUAAUGCGGACAGACUAGACUGGACGUGUGACGAAUGCCAUCAAAAUACACCUAACAGAAAAUCAUCCUUUAUUAUACCGGAAGAAGAUGAUGAAGAUGAUGAUGUCGUGGUCUCUGACAAAAACUCAGGCAACUAUAUGAUAGACACAGAGAAGUUUUUAAAGGAAAUCACAGCAGAAAUGAAAAAAGUUUUAAAAAAAGAACUACAACCAAUCGAAACAUCUGUGAGCUUCUGUUGUGCAAAAAUUGACGAUCUUUUCAAAACUGUGGAAGCUAAAAACCAACAUAGUCAGGAAUUAGAAAAGAAGUACAACCAUCUACAUAACGGAAAAACUCAUCUUGAGCUUGAAAUGAGUUCACUGAAACAAUAUCUACGUAAUAUUGAACAACAGCGUCUAGAUAAUGUGAUAGAAGUGAUAGGAAUCCCUAAAGCUAAAGACGAAAAUCUUGAAAACAUAUCUCUCAAGCUAGCUGAGACACUCAACAUGGACAGGACGCAGGUAAUGAAUAUUACACGUGUUGAAAGUCGAAAUAUUCAAGACGGAAACAUCCAGUUGCAGCUCAAGCAUGUAGAACACGCAAGUUUAUGGGUGCGAGCCUCCAAACAGGAAGAACUAGUGGUAGAACAAAUCAUUCCUGAGGCUCCCGUGGAAGUUGCUAAGAUGAAAGUGACCAUGCGACGCGCCCUGACUAAAGCCAAUAAGUCAUUAUUAUGGCUAGCACAACAAAAAUUAAGACCGGCCUACAAAUAUGUCUGGUUCCAAGAUGGAAAGGUACUACUCCGUAAAGAUGACAAAGCCAAGCCUGAAGUCGCCCGAAGCGAAGCUGACAUUGAGAAGCUCUCAGCACAAACAAAAAUAAUCGGCCACAGUUUUAAUCGGUAA